UUCAUACGCCUCGGCGUGCCCCGGCCCCGGACGAAAAUAUCCAAAAUUUGGUUGGCGCCGCGGAGGCAAGAGGAGUAAACACGCUUGAAUGGCGCAAGCCCCGGCUGCGUGGCUUGGAUCUGGAUCAUUAGCGUAGAUCUGAAUGGCGACGAGCCGAAUUGGAAGAGGUUCUUACACUAAACCUUAUUAUUGGAGAUAUCCGCCGGGAGGAAGGGAAGGAUAGAACGGAGGUUUGGACUCUGCGAAAAGAACAACGGCGCCGUUGGUGGUGGGGGAGCGAUCUUUCUUCCUUCUUUCGAUGCCAUCACGCCAUCACAAGUCUGCAUUUAUCUUCCUUUAAUUCUCUCCACAGCUUUCUUCUUCCACGCCGCGGUUAGGGUUCGAAAUCUCUGAACCCGUCUCGGAGGGAAUUAAAGAUUGCUAUUUUCUGGAGGAAAAUUGACCUUAAGCUUUACUAUGGUUCAUCAUUCAACUAGCGAGGAAUCAUCAGAAGAAGCACAAAAUGUUCAGCCAUUGGGAAGAUUAGCUACUUUAUCAUAUGGUGUUGGUCACAUGCUAAAUGAUAUCACAUCAGCAUGCUGGUUUACUUAUUUGUUGUUGUUCUUAACAAAUAUGGGAUUAAGUCCAAGGGAUGCGGCAACUGUCAUGCUAUCUGGCCAGGUUGCUGAUGCCUUCACCACAAUAUUUGUUGGCGAGCUGAUAGACCGCUAUGGACAUUUCAAGUUAUGGCAUGCUGGUGGAUCUUUAUUAGUGGCUGUCUCUUUUUCGUCAGUUUUUGGUAGUUGCCUUCCCUGUAAAGUUAUGGGCAGCAAUUCCACUACAUUGCAAACUAUUGGUUACAGCACCUUUGCUGCAAUCUUCAAUGUAGGCUGGGCUGUUACGCAAGUUUCACACAUGUCAAUGGUGAAUUGCAUGACUCUUAAUCCAACAAGCAGAGUUUCACUUGCAAGUUGCCGUAAUGCCUUCUCAAUGGUGGCCAAUCUUAGUCUUUAUGCAAUUGCAUUAUGCGUGUUCAGUGUCUAUGCUAAAGACUAUGUUGAUAUCAAGCUCCAGUACCAUUGGAUUGCAUACUUGUCCAUAUUUUUUGGAUGUUGCUUUGUAGUUGUGUUCCUGAUUGGAACCAAAGAACCAAAGUUGAAACUGCAAUUUGAAUGUAGAAAGCUUUCUGGUAUCUCAUGGACUCAUUGGUUUAAGAAAAUUCUCUAUUAUCAAGUUGCCCUUGUUUAUAUGCUCACCCGACUAGUGGCAAAUGUGUCACAGGCACUUCUUGCUUCUUAUGUCACAAAGGAAUUGGGUAUGGGCCGUUCAUCAAAAGCUUCGGUUCCUGCCAUAAUUUAUAUUUGCAGCUUUCUAGUGUCUGUUGUUCUUCAGGAGAUUAGAUGGUCUGGAUUGCGCCUUAAGAUAUUCUUUACUGCUGGAGCCAUUCUGUGGAUCUUUUCUGGGGCAGGAGUAUUUGUUCUUCCUGGCAGAAUGCACAACCUGAUGUACCCUCUAUCUGUGAUCAUUGGUGCUGCUAAUGCUUUGAUGAUGGUUACUGGAAUUAGCAUGGAAAGCAUGCUGGUUGGUGAAGAUCUAAAUGGAAGUGGGUUUGUGUAUGGAUCACUUAGUUUUGUGGAUAAAUUGUCGUGUGGCCUUGCUUUAUAUGCUCUUGAGUCCUAUCAAGAAUCAUCUGAUCCGAUGCAGAAACUUGACAACCAUAUCAGCUACUCAGUAACAAGAUACGGCCUGGGAGUGAUUCCUGCAACUUGUGCUCUUAUUUCUGCUGCUAUCACGUAUACCAUGAAGCUACCUGAUGCCUGUUCGGCCCGUUCAGUCACACUGGUUGAACCCCUUCUUGCAUAACUUAACCGGAAACUGAAAUGGAUGUUGCAUGCACACACAACUUUGAAUCUCUCGAUUCAGGAGUUGAUUUUGAGCCUCGAGAUCAUCUGUUUCAUGCACAUGCAUCAGUUGUUUCUUAGUACUAAGAAAUAGAACAACCAUAUUCAUAAGAUUCUACUGUAUAGUCUAACAUCAUAUGAGUUGAAGCCAUUCAACUCACCUCUUUGUAAAUGGUGAUGAUCGAUGCCAAGGUUUAAAAAUCAAUAUGUAAACAUUUUUUCCUGGAUUAA